AUGGAAUAAGAAAAUGCUAAACUCAAAAAGGAUAUAAGAGAAUUAUAAUAAAAAUUAAUUGAAGUUGAUAGAGAAAUAUAAAUUUAAUAAAACAAUAUUGAAUAAUAUGAUAAAGAUAAAUAAUUGAUUAUGCAGAAAAUAAGAAAAUUACUCGUUCAUAAGGAAAAUAAAUUCGAGAAGAAAAUAAAAUAAAUUAUAGAAAGACUUCCAUGCUAAAUAGAAUAAUAAAGUUUAAGAAAUUUGACAAAUUCAAUAAUACAAAAAGGAAUAGGUGUGUUGAAUGAAUUGAAUUUGGCUUACAAAAAUCCCUAUAAUGUAGAUUAUAAAAAAUGCCAAGAAAACUAAUCCUUAUUCGAAUCUUUUUUUAUAAUUGGAGUGAAGCAUAAGCAAUUUAAAGAUUUUUCGUAAUAAAAUCGCAUAUCUCUAUUGAAACCUAAGAUAUUAUAUAAAUAAUUUAAACCAAACUUGACAACAAUUGAAAGAACACUUUGGAUUGAUAGAUCAAAAUAAAUUAAAAAAUAUUUUGAAAAUAAUCUUAUUGUUGUAGAAAGAUUAUUUGAUCAUUCAGAAAUUGAGAAUUUGAUUUAAAGGUAUUUACUAAUUAACAAUUUAGGUGUCUAGAAGAAUAAAAUGUGUUAUAAGAAAAUUCUUUUAUAUUUAAUAUAAAAUCUACUGAAUUUGAUAAAGAAGCUCCUAAAAACAUAGAGUUAUUGACUACUUUGAAUAACAAUAAAUAAUUAUUAGUAUUUGUUUAGGGUGUUGAUGAUUAUAUAACUACUUUUUAAGAAGAUGGAUUUUAGUAUUGGAAAUGUAAAAAGUACUAUUGUUUUAUAACUUAUUUUCCAAUUCCUCAGAUAUUUGAUUAACUCUUAAAAUUUGUUACUAGUAUUUAACUUUUAAUAAUAAAUUAGAUUUAAUGUAAAUAUAAAGAAAAGAUGCAAUGAGAAAACAUAAAGAAUUGAUAAACGGAAGAAAAAUAAGAAGGGAAAUAACAUAAUAAGAGGAAGUUUAUUAUAAUUUCAAAAUAUUUUAAGAUAUAGAUGCUGUAAAUAUUAAUUAUGUAUUUUAUUGAAUAAUAAUUUUAGAUAGUGGAGAAAAAUCUACAAAAUUCUAUUAGUUUAUUAUUGAAAGAGAAUAUUGAUUUUGAUAAACCAAAAAUAAAUUUUAAUUUGAAAGAUUGUUUAUAGUAAGAGUUGGAAAUCUCACAAAAAUACUUGAAUUAUUCUUUACCUAUAGAAUAGAUAAACAUAAAUAAUCAAGAAGGCUUUAAAACAGCAAAAAAUUAGAUAAUAGUAAAUACUAUGAUUAAGUAUGCACAUGUUGCUUUGCAGAUUUUUCGUGUUGAAGAAUUUUUUGAUAUCUUUCAGUAGAUUUUGAGCGAAAAAUAAGUGGUUUUCUUUUGCCCAAAUAUCAAUAUCUUAACUUCUGUUUGCUACUUCUUUCAUAAAAUAAUUUAUCCGUUUAUAUGGCUUCAUCCAGUGAUAUAUUAUUCAAAUUAAGAAACUUUAGAUGUAUUGAUAUCAGAAACUCCAAUGAUUAUAGGAAUAAAUUAAAGAUUUUACAAUGACUAAAAAUAUCAAGAUCUAAUUAAAAAUAACGAAUUGAUGAUAAUAGAAAUAAAAGUUUAAAAGAAAAGAAAUUGUUAAAUUGCUGUUACAUCGUAACUAAUCUAAGAUAAUCAAAAUAAAUUUAGUCUUUGCAUCAAGACUUUUAACUUUUUUAAUGUUUCUUCUGAUAUUAGAGGAUAUAAGAAUUAAGAAUUUAUUUUUUCAUCAACUUUUACUUAAGAGCAGGCAGAAAAAUGCAAGGUAUUUUUAUAUAAAAUGAUUGAAUUGAUUGAAACUGAAUUAAUUAAAAAUGUUGUACCAGAUGCAAAUCCUCUCUUUAUAAAGAAUGGCUGGAAUUAGAGACUUAUAAAAGCAUAGAUUGCCAGUUAAUAAUUUGAUAAUAAAGAUUUUAUUAUGAACUGCGUUUUUGAGUCCUCGUAUUUUCAAACAUAUUUGUAAGAAAAAUAUAAGGCUAAUAAUUGA